GGAACGAGCGCGCGCGGUCUGAUCCCAUUCCAUUGAAAAUGUGUCAUACAGAGAGUGGGUAAAAGUCAGUUCAUUACGUGUGGCACCAUGGGCUCGGGUGUCUAUUAACCUGUGCUCUUCAGGAAGUUCGCUGUGGUUCAUUGGAAGUUGUAAACUUUGCUUAAGCCGUCAGAAACCAAAGGACUGCAAAUAAACGGAGAAAAGUAUUCGGCAAUUAGGAGAGGGCCCGCUAGGGGUGGGUGCAGGGUCCAGGCUAAAGGCUACCUUUGAACUAAACGGGAAUUGACUGAGGGUAUCGCGGGGGUGCUGAAUUAGGCCUAUUCAUGUUCAUUUUUUUCUGUUCUGAGCAGGAGAACACAUUCUAAUACAUUUGCCUGGACGAAGGAAAAGAAAAAAAAACGUUUUUCAAUCUUUUACUAUUUAACAUCAUUGUUUCACAACAUUAAUUAAAAAUCUAUGAAAACAACAGAAGCAUUUUGCAAUGCACAGAUGUUUCGGAAAACUCAGUUCGAGGUAAAUCAGGUUCACAUGACGCAUACCUCCCCUCAGUGUGGAGCAGCAGGAAUUACGCGAACGAUGUUAAUGAUUAUGUCACGAAACAUCGUGCGACUGCUUAUUAUUAUUUUUGAAAGUGAUUACUUUAAUGCAGAAUAUAAUUAGAACGUCUGACGAUGCAAAGAGCAAUAACUAUACGUUCAGGUGUCCGUUUCCCCAAAACUGACGUCACUUCCCUUAGAAACCCGAAGCAUAGUAGUAAAAUAGUCGGAGCUCAACUUAAAUUGGGAAGUUUUCACGGGCGGCGUCCAGUAAUAUUUACGUUCCCCGAGUAAAUGUUGAAUUUUAUAUACAAGAAAGAUUAGACAAGCCGCGGAAGAAAAUAAAUAAGUCCAUUACAAAACACUGAGCUUUCUUUCCGAAGAUAAAGUGGAUAGUUAUUUUUGCGCUUUAGUUAAGGAUCAACCAAGGCUCUGCGCUCGACACGGCGGGCAGAUCAGACUCAGGUAAAACCGUGUGAUACGCAAGUGCGAAGUUUUCGAACUAGAGUUUAGAGAGUUGACUUCCCCCUUCCCCCAAAUCCUGUAAAGUUUCGUGUCUAGCCUGAUGCCAGUGAGCAAGCGCGAUACCAACGCGAUCCUCGAACAUUGCCUAUUUCAAAGGGUGAACAAAACUAAAUCGCGAUGUUUGAUCAGUAUACGGUACUCCGCUAACCCUGAUUACUGCGGGGACUUUACAUUUUGUGUUUGUUGCUGGGUGGUGUGGAAGAAAUGACUGAGCGAGAUGGGACUCUGCUUGGGAUCUGAAAUGACAGAAGAGGGGAAGAGGGCGAAGAUCCACAGCGCUAAGAUAGACCGCGAGCUGUACGAGCACGCCAAGCGCGAACUCAAUGUGGUCAAGAUUCUGAUGCUAGGGGCAGCUGAGAGCGGGAAGAGCACGCUGGUCAAACAGAUGAAGAUCAUCCACAGCCACGGCUUCACCAACCAGGAGCUCACCAGCUUCAAGCCUGCAGUGCUGGAUAACCUGCUGACCUCCAUGAAGUUUGUCCUGCACGGGAUGGGCGUUCUGCGCAUAAACCUGGCCAAUGCCAAAAACAAAGUCCACGCCCACUCGGUGCUGUCCUGCGGCCGCUGCUUCGAUGAGGAUCAGGUGCUCUUCCCCUUCAUAGGCCACGCCCUCUGCUGCCUGUGGGCCGACCAGGGCGUGCAGUCCGCCACCACGCGCGGGUACGAGUACGAGCUCAACGACUCUGCCCUGUAUUUUUUUGAGAACAUGAGUCGGAUCAUCUCGCCCGAGUACAUACCCACCGAGACAGACGUGCUGAGGGUGCGACUCCGGACGACCGGGGUCAUCGAGACGCAGUUUAAAGUCAACCACCUGGUCUUCAGGAUGUAUGACGUGGGCGGGCAGCGGACAGAGCGCAGGAAGUGGAUCAGCUGCUUUGAGGAUGUGCGGGCCGUGCUGUUUGUCGUGUCGCUCAGUGGCUAUGACAUGACUCUGGUGGAGGACCCGUCUAUGAACCGUCUGCAGGAAAGCUUAAAACUCUUCGCCUCUAUCUGCAAUAACGUUUUCUUCAGAAGUACCUCGAUGAUCUUAUUCAUGAAUAAGAUUGAUCUGUUCCAGGAGAAGAUCUUGCAUUCUGGACGGCAUUUGCGCCUGUACCUCCCCCAGUUCAGAGGUGCGGACUGUGACGUGGACGCCGCCGCCCGCUACAUCGCGGGAAUGUUUGUGGCGCGCAACAACAUGCCCAGCAAGCUGGUCUACCACCACUUCACCACGGCCACCGACACCUCCAACGUGCAGGUCGUCUUCCAGGUUGUUAUGGACACCAUCAUCAAGGAAAACCUGGAGGCAGUGUCUCUCCUCUGAGCUUGGUGCCACGGCGACCAAGUGCCAUGGCGACUGAGUGGUACGGUGACUGAGUGCCGUGGUGACGGUUCAUUCCCAGGAUCACUAAGGGCACCUGGAGAACACUUAUGUGUGUUUUUCUUGUUUAUCUGUGUGUGUCUGCGUACGUGUGUGUGUGUGUGUGUGUGUGUGUGUGUGUGUGUGUGUUUGCUCAUUAUUUUUUGAAUUCAGCAUUAUUUAAAAUUUUUAAAUUUUUAAAAAUAUUUUCCGUCUUUUUUUUUUGGAUGAUCUUUAGCUCUUUGUGAUAAAAAUGUAUGUAUUUAUUAUGUAGUACAUAGCCGUAAUUGAAGCAUAACUUUUUUUCUGUUGUUUUUUUUAAUCAGGUGAAAGCAUUUCAUUUAUGUCCUUUUGUUCUGUUAAAGAUCACCGAUCCUUGUAGACAGAGUUUCUUCUGGGGGGGGGGGGGGGGGGUGUCAAGGCCCCUCCCCCUCCCCCUCCCACUGACACGUUUUCCUGGUUACUGGGCAGAGUUGCCAACUGAUGUGUUGCCAAGGCAAUGGCCUGGCCCCCCGUUGCUGAGAUUUGGGGGGGGGGGGCACUUCUUAACAAGCCUUCACAGGACAGUGUUUUCAUUAGAGGAAUAGUGUGUGAUGAAGCUCCCAUUUGGGUUCCUCUGACACCCCCCCCCCACCUCCCUCACCGCCCCCGGCGCCUCCCGUGUACCCCGUCCCAAUUUAUUAUGCAUCAUUAAUGCCCCCACCAUCCUCCCCCAGCCACCUUUCCUGAAAGGCAUGUCGCCAUAGCCACUGGUGCGAGCAUCGGCACACUUCUAUACCACUUCCCGAAAUGCGUUCUUUAUAACGUCUCGCAUGGCUGCUUAUAAUGCCUGCAUAACCACCCGUGUGAGGUGUAAUAACGCCUGGUUAGCGUUCAGUGUUCAUUUGUGCCUGAAACGAGCAGCCGUGAAGGUUCGUACCGGAUUAAGAAAAGCUGGGACUGCGGGAGUCGGAAGGCGGAACGCUCCUGUCCUUUGCCGUGGGCCGUCGGGGUUUUUACGACCAGUAGAAUAAAGAAGAAUGCGGCCUUAGAUGUUUUAUGAGCGGCUGUUGAAUGCUGCAAUUGUAUAUUUUAAGCAGCUGCAAGGCUUGUUUCGGUCCAUUGCUGAGGCUAUUUGUUGCACUUGUAGUUGGAAUGGGUGUCCAUGGCUCUUUCUGAUGUUUCUUACGGCUCUCGUAUGAAGUGAGUCAGUGGACUACUGGGAAGUAGGGUUAUCCACUGCUUCAGUUCUUACGAACCAGCACCUCACCCUUCCAGAAAAGAGGAGCAUCUCAUCCGCUCCAUCUUGGAUCCCUUCCUGUUUGGAUAUUGUCCUUUUGUUCUGAGACACCGUGGUCAUCUGAAAUUUCACCCACUUGCGAGUUUCAUUUAUUAACACACUUAUGUUCAGUCGAAUUCACGAUUUGUGCCGUCUUGUAGACCGCCGCUCCUUGCGCACUCCGCACGUCUCAUUACCACGCGCGGGCGCGUGCUCGGUUUCUCUGAGGAACUGAAAGCUCCGUUUGAUUAGAUGCAUGCCCGGUCUUGGUACCUGGUUUCGCUGUUAAAGGGCUAUAACGCUUUGUGUGAAUCGGAGGUCGGGAUGUGUCCUUUUUCAGUCUGAGAGUGUGAAAGUUCUUAAAAAGUGCCUUUUUGUACCAUCGUCACAGUAUGAUGGUCUAUUUUACUUUGUCGCAUAUGUAUUUUAAAAUAUAUAAGUACUGAAAUUGAAACGUGCUUCUCAUUUCGAAUGAGGUUUUGUAAAUCAAGUUACUGUGAAUGGAAAAGCCCUCUGUGCGCACGUUUGAUUUAUGUGAAGUCAAUUUUGUUUUGGCCAGGUGUAAUUGUGCACUAAUAUUAAAGUAUUAUUUUAAUUGUUUAAUAUUA